AUGGCCUGGUUCACCCUCUACCUCCUGAACCUUCUCUGGGCUGUGGCUGGGACCAGCACCCAGACCCAGCGCUCAUGCUCUGUCCCCCCAGCACAGCAGCCCUUGGUUAAUGGCAUACAAGUGCUCAUGGAGAGCUCCGUGACCAGCUCAGCCUUCCCAAACCCCAGCAUCCUCAUCGCCAUGAAUCUGGCCGGAGCCUACAACGUGGAGGCCCAGAAGCUCCUGACUUACAAGCUCAUGGCCAGUGACACAGCCGACCUGACCAUUGGCCAGCUCGCCCUCACCAUCAUGGCUCUUACCUCCUCCUGCCGAGACCCUGGGAAUAAAGUUUCAGUUCUACAAAGACAAAUGGAAAACUGGGCUCCUUCAAGCCCCAAUGCUCAGGCUUCCACCUUCUAUGGGCCCAGUCUGGCGGUCCUGGCACUGUGCCAGAAGAACUCAGAGACAACCUUACCCAUCGCAGCCCGCUUUGCCAAGAUCCUGCUGGCCAAUUCCUCCCCCUUCAACAUGGACACGGGAGCAAUGGUGACCUUGGCUCUGACCUGUAUGUACAACAAGAUCCCAGUAGGUUCAGAGGAAGGUUACAGAAGUCUGUUCAGUCAGGUACUGAAGGAUGUCGUGGAGAAUAUUAGCAUGAGGAUCAAAGACAAUGGCAUCAUUGGAAACAUCUACAGUACUGGCCUCGCCAUGCAGGCACUCUCCGUGACACCUGAGCACUCUCACAAGGAGUGGAACUGCCAGAAGACCAUGGACACAAUACUCGAGGAGAUUGAGCAGGGGAAAUUCCACAAUCCCAUGUCCAUUGCCCAAAUCCUCCCUUCCCUGAAAGGCAAGACAUACCUAGAUGUGCCUUACGUGUCCUGCAUCCCUGAUCAUGAGGUGCAACCAAGCCCCCCCAGCCAAACCAACCCUCCUGCCACCUCAUCACCCAACAUCACCAUCACAUACACCAUCAAUAACCAGCUGAGGGGGGUGGAGCUGCAAUUCAACUACACCAUCAAUGUCAGGGUGAAAGCUGGCUCAGUGCUACUCGUUGUCCUAGAGGAAGCACAGCGCAGAAGCUCCAAGUUCAAAUUUGAAACCACAAUGACAUCUUGGGGCCCUGUCGUCUCCUCCAUCAAUAAUAUUGCCGAAAAUGUUCAUCACAGGACAUUCUGGCAGUUCCUUAGUGGCAAAACACCUUUGAAUGAAGGUGUUGCCGACUACAUACCCGUCAACCAUGAGCACAUCACGGCCAAUUUCACACAGUACUAA